AUGAGCGAGAAGCGCUGGGAUGCUGCAGCCAGCUGGGAUAGUGAGGAAAGGGACUGGAGACAUUCAUGUACUACGUUAUCCAGGAGAGACGGUUUGUUCUUGCAGGAAAAGACUGUACCAAUUCCUGAAAAACUGAAUGAGUGGGCCCCACGACCUCCCCCGGAGUUUGUUAGAGAUGUGAUGGGUUCCAGUGCUGGAGCUGGCAGUGGGGAGUUUCAUGUGUACCGGCAUCUUCGUCGGCGAGAGUACCAGAGGCAAGAUUUCAUGGAUGCCAUGGCUGAGAAGCAAAAACUAGAUGAGGAAUUCCAGAAGAAACUGGAGAGGAAUAAGAUGAUUGCGGAAGAACAAACAGCAAAACGCAGAAGGAAGCGUCAGAAGUUAAAAGAGAAGAAACUGCAAGCUAAGAAAAAUAAACUUGAACAAAAGAAGCAGGAAAAAGAAUCUGAUCAAUCUCAAGAGCAAGCAAGCAGCGAGGAUGAUGAAGAUAGCAAGGAGGAGGAAGAGAAGGAAGAUGACGCUGAAGAGCCAAGUUUCGUAAUGGGAAGAGGAUGAGGCCUUUCAGGGACAGCUGGAAACACUGUUCAUUGCUUUAUAUUCAGGAGCAUGAAAGCCUUUCAUCUCAGCCAAGCAGAACCCAUUGGCGUAUGUUAUAUCUGCUUAAUGGUGAAUGACCUUCACAUCACCAGUUCAAGAGCUAUUGAUAGAGAAAUGCCAAAUAAGAGAUUUUUUCUUAACUGCUUGUAUAACUGCUGUGCAGUCUGCUCCAAGUUUGCUCUAAAGAGUCAGCCAUAAGUCUCUGUGACCCUAGAGUUCUUUCUAACAUGGCCCAGGGUGUUCUUCUGUCUGAAAGCUAAAACAUACCCGUUACCAUUUAAGGAGAAGACUACUGUGAGGGCUACGUAUUCUACUUAUGUCAAAGUUGGUGGCCAUGGGAUACCUGAAUCUAAGGGAGCUGUUUAGCCUAAAGUAGAAAAGUGGUCUGUAGCCAGACUUCCCUGCACUGUGAGUGUUCUGAAUCUGGGGUUUUGUAUGGGGUCAUCUCUAACCCAAAGAAAUCAGUUUAUGUUGCUAGACAAGUUCUGUACGUUUUUAAGCAGGAUCCCUUUUUUAUUGCUAAAACUUUCCCUAUUACUUUUCUUCUGUGUUUUUUUUAAAUGAAUAAAGGGGACGUAUUGGAUUUUUCUGUCUGCUUUUAUUUGAAUAGGAUUUUGGUAAAAUGAAGAGCUGCUUGCAGUGCUGGAGAAAGGAACAAAAAGAUGGAGUGAUGUGGCAUCUAUGAAAAUGUGUUAGAAGCUGCAUUUUGCGAACUUUUGGUUUUGGGAUUAGAACGAUAUUAAAGUUUUCCAAAAGGC